UUACUUUUUUACAGUUACCUGUCUAAAUUCCUCACCCCACGUCAAUCCGACUUUUCUUAAAAAAAUGAAAUUCAUCUUUCAUCUCUUUCAUCCAUCCAUCAAAAAUUCUCAAAUCUCAUAGGCAAAGCUGAAGAUGGGAGAGGAAAGAUGGGUGGGGGGAAUGGAAUACAACAAGAACGAGUGGAUCAGGGAAUGGGGAGCCUCAAUGGAGAAUAACUUUCGUUUGAGUAGCCGAAAUUUGGAGCUUGUAGGUAUCUUCGGUAUCUCCACCCCGAUAUUGGUUUACAAAGGAAUCAUCAAAGAGUUCCAUUUGCAUGAUUAUGAGUGGGGCAAGCCACAUACAAAGUUUGUAACAUGAGGCAUUUGGAUCCCUGUAAUAAUCUCAAAAGAAAGACAAUUAAAUUCUUCUUAAGUAUGCUCAGCGAGUCGAUUUCUAUUUUGAAUUACUCCUAGAUACUUUAACUUGUCAAUUUCUGUUUUGACUAAAACUUUCUCAAAAUAAAUUUGGACAUGUCCUUUGAAAUCUCUCUUGUUGGCUUUGGAGUGGUAUAUGAACUUUAACUUGAUGUUUUGGCCUGCGUA